UGGGCCUUGACGGGCGUCGUGCUGGGCCUCCUUCGGGGACGCUUCCCGCGGAAGGGAAGGCAUGAGCCCGGCGGCGGCGUUGCAGGAGCAGCAGCUCUGACCCAGGAGCGGCCGCCAGGAUUGCUUCCAUUGUACCCACCUCCUUCCCUGUACUGUAAGCGUUUCUCUCUCGGCGGAGAAGAAUGGAGCUCCUUGAAGAAGACCUUACAUGUCCCAUUUGUUGUGGCUUGUUUGAUGAUCCACGAGCAUUACCUUGUUCACAUAACUUCUGUAGAAAAUGUUUGGAAGGGAUCUUAGAGGGAAAUACUCGGAAUGUUAUUUGGAGACCAUCACCUUUUAAAUGUCCGACAUGUCGAAAGGAAACUACAGUAACAGGGGUUAAUAAUCUCCAGGUUAACUAUUCACUAAAAGGCAUUGUCGAAAAAUAUAACAAGAUUAAAAUAUCAACAAAAAUGCCUGUCUGUAAAGUGCACAGUGGUCAGCCUCUUAAUAUUUUUUGCCAGACAGACACACAACUUAUAUGUGGCAUUUGUGCCACUCGAGGAGAUCACAUAAAACAUCUCUUUUGCUCUAUUGAGGAUGCUUACUGUCAAGAAAAGCGUGCUUUUGAGACACUGUCCCAAGUGUUUGAAGCAUGGCAUUGUGGAGAUGCACUUUCUCGACUAGCAACUUUGGAAACCAGCAAACGAAAAGCUCUCCAGAUGUUGACAAAGGAUUAUGACAGAGUAAAAGAUUUUUUUGAGAAAUUACAAUAUACUUUGGAACAAAAGAAGAAUGAGAUCCUCUCAGACUUUGAAACCAUGAAGCUUGCAGUUAUGCAGGCUUAUGAUCCAGAAAUCAACAAGCUGAACACUAUCAUACAAGAACAGCAAACUGUGUUUAAUAUUGCAGAAACAUUUAAGGAUGUAUCUGAACCCAUUUUGUUUUUACAACAGAUGCAAGAGUUUAGAGAGAAAAUCAAAGUGAUAAAGGAAACUAGAUUGCCUUGUGUUACUGUAGACAUCAAAUCUACAAUUAAGGAUGUUGAUACUAGUCAGUGGGAACAAUUUAAGCUAGCAGAUGUGGAUAAACUUUCACUACCUCAAGAGAAAAGCUCUUUCAAUUGGAUGACAAAUACCUUCCUUUCAGCACGUUUUUUAGUAACUGCUUUAAUUUGUUUACUGAUUGUUAUUACUCAAGUAUGUGUUACAGAUUUUUGGGGCAAAACUUUUCAGUAUUGGAAAACUUUUGUUUCUGCGUUUGGCACAGGUUAUCUGACAGACCCAACAGAGAUGGCAGAUCAUGCUAUUUUAUACUGGGAAAAAGUAGCAGAUAGUGCUGCUAUUUUAAGUGAAAAAUGUGUAAAUUAUAUCCAUGUGUUGUUGAAUAAUGUUGCCCAAUUUGUGUGCAUGUACAAACUUUUAUGAAUCUUCAUGUUCAGGAAGUAUAUUUUCAAAAUCAGUGAGUUCUUUUUUUAAAUGUAAACAUUUUUUAUAUUUGAAAUGGUCUUGAUUAUUCAUAUAUUGAACUAUUCUGCAACUCAUGUUAAAAGAUGACUAUCUUUGUAUUGUUUUCUGAAAGUAAAAUUACAUGACUUGAUUUUGUUUAGAAAGUAAUGUGUAUAGUGGAACAUGUAAACCUUUUUUAUUUAUAAAAAUAUGUUUGAGUUUCAGAUUGGAGUAUAAGUUGGAAAUAUGUUUGCAUGGAUAUAAUACAUAAAUAAUGAUUGUAUAUUAUUACAACAAAUCUUGGUCCUUCAGAAAUAUUGCAAAUUUUGUAAUUGGUUAUUAAUAUAUGUGAA